AUGACGGACAGAGACAUCCUCCCGGACAACUUCAAGCCGGUCCACUACGACCUGGCCAUCAAGGAUCUCGACUUUAAGAACUGGUCCUACAAGGGCACCGUCAGGAUCGAUGGCGAGAUCGUCAAAGCGACAAGCGAAGUCGUGCUGAACACCCUAGAGCUCAAGCUGCUGAACUCCAAGAUUGUCGUCAGCCAAGGAAAGAGUGACGGGUCCUGGGAGUCGACGACGUUUGCCGAGGACACCAAAACCCAGCGGUCUACCAUCACCUUCCCUCAGCAGCUUCCCGUGUCCGCCAAUGCCUCGUUGACUAUUGACUUCACCGGAGUGCUCAACCAUGACAUGGCUGGCUUCUACCGAAGUCAGUACAAGCCGGCUGCCCCAGCCGCUGCAAGCGUGCCCCGCGACGAAGAGUUCCACUACAUGCUGAGCACCCAGUUCGAGGCGUGUGAUGCCCGCCGUGCCUUCCCCUGCUUUGAUGAGCCGAACCUCAAGGCGACCUUUGACUUCGCCAUUGAGAUUCCCGACGAUCAGGUGGCCCUCUCCAACAUGCCUGUGAAGGAGACGAAGCCAGUCCAGGGUGGGAAGAAGCUCGUCUCAUUUGAGCGUAGCCCGGUCAUGAGCACGUAUCUGCUUGCAUGGGCGGUUGGUGAUUUCGAGUACGUCGAGGCCUUUACCGGCCGCGAGUACAACGGCAAGAAGCUGCCGGUCCGCGUGUAUACAACCCGCGGCCUGAAGGAGCAAGGGCGCUGGGCGCUGGAACACGCCCCCAAGAUUAUCGACUACUUCUCGGAGCAGUUUGAAAUCGACUACCCACUCCCCAAAAGCGAUAUCCUGGCCGUGCACGAAUUCACGCAUGGUGCCAUGGAGAACUGGGGUCUGGUCACGUACCGCAUGACAGCCAUCCUGUUCGACGAGAAGCUGUCCGAGGCCAGGUUCCGCAACAGAAUCGCCUAUGUUGUCGCGCACGAGCUGGCCCACCAGUGGUUUGGCAACCUCGUCACCAUGGACUGGUGGGACGAGCUGUGGCUCAACGAGGGCUUCGCCACAUGGGCUGGUUGGUUGGCAACCGACCACCUGCACCCGGACUGGGAGGUGUGGCCCCAGUUCAUCAACGAGGGCAUGGACCAGGCUUUCUCUCUUGACAGCGUUCGCUCAUCUCACCCCAUCCAGGUCGAGGUUCGUGACGCUCUCGAUGUCAACCAGAUCUUCGACAAGAUCAGCUACCUGAAGGGUUGCUCCAUGAUCCGCAUGCUUGCCUCCAACCUCGGCAUCAAGACUUUCCUCAAGGGCAUCGCGAUUUACCUGAAGAAGCACGCCUAUGGCAAUGCUAAGACGGAGGCACUGUGGAACGCUCUUAGCGAGGCAUCCGGUGUUGACGUCAACAGCCUGAUGCAGCCAUGGAUCGAAAAGGUCGGGUUCCCCGUGCUGACCGUCACUGAAGGCAAGCAGCAGAUUUCGGUCAAGCAGUCCCGCUUCCUGUCCACUGGUGAUGUCAAGCCUGAGGAUGAUCAAACCAUCUGGUGGGUACCGCUUGCCGUCAAGGGCAAGGUUGGUUCUCAGGGCAUCGAACCGCUCACUCUGACGGCCAAGGAGUCGACCAUUGAUGGCGUCAGUGAGGAGUUUUACCAGCUCAACGCUAACGCCACUGGCUUCUACCGCGUCAACUACCCCGUGUCCAGACUCAAACUCCUCGGUACCCAGCUCCAGCACCUCACCACCGAAGACAAGAUCUUCAUCACCGGAUCCGCUGCUGACCUCGCUUUCUCUGGUUACGCCACAACCGGUGCGCUGCUGUCCUUCAUCCAGGGCCUUAAGAGCGAGACGCACUACCGUGUGCUAAGCCAGGCGCUUGACUCGAUUGCCACGCUCAAAUCCAUCUUUGGCGAUGACGAGCAGGUCAACAAGGGCUUGGAGAAGUUCACCCUUGAGCUGAUCGACAAGGCGCUGAAACAAGUCGGCUGGGAGGGCCCCAAGGACGAGGAUUUCAACACCAGCCUGCUGCGGAAGCGGUUGCUUCUGACUGCCAUUGCGAACUCGCAUGAGGAAGUCGGUUCCAACGCUUUCCAGCGCUGGUCUGCGUACCAAUCCAAGCCUUCCGAGUCUCCCAUCGCCGCCGACCUCCGCGCCCCCGUCUACCGCGCUGCCAUCCUCAAGGAUCCCGCCAACGCCGUCGCCGCCCUCAAGAAGGAGUGGUUUACCACCCCCGCCAUCGACGGCAAGGAGAUCUGCCUGCAGGCGCUCGGCCAUACCCACGACGAGGGUCUCAUCAAGGACGUCCUGCUUCCCUUUCUCUUCAGCACCUCGCCUCCCGCUUCAGCCGCCGACUCGAUCCCGCCCGCCGAUAUGCACAUCCUCGCGGGCGUGCUGGCGGCCAACCGCGUCGGCCGCCCGCUCCUCUGGGCCUACCUGCGGGACAACUGGGCCCAAUUCGAGGCUAAGCUGGGCGGGAACCCCAUUGUGGUCGACCGCAUGGUCAAUGUCAGCUUGCCUAAGUUUACCGAUCUCGAGAGCCUGAGGGAUAUUGAGAGUUUCUUUGCAGGCGUCAGCACCAAGGGCUUUGACCGGACUUUGGAACAGGUCAAGGAUAAGAUUCGGGGGCGGGCGGCGUACAAGAUGAGGGAUUCCUAUGGGGUAAGGGAGUGGCUCGUUGCGAACGGGUAUGCGUAG